UGGAAACACGUCGUAGCCAAGAAAGUUGAGCAGCAAUUUAAAGUAACUGUUGCUCGGCAUUUGAAAGUUGUGUGUCGCGAGGGGAAAUCCGUUUUAAGUAAUGGAUUGGCCAGGCAAAUUAGAAACUACUUGCUGGAAGAGAAAGCAUCUGCACUUUGAUUGUUACUUUUGAAAGUAUAGGUGUUUUUAAGAGACGCUACUGUGGAGCACACUGUCAAUCUUAAACGCGUGAGUAAAGUGUAAAUGGCAUUUUGGGACGGUGAUACGAGACUACUGCACUGUCAGCAGUUUAUCUCGUUUUUGGAGAAGCGGUUUUAUGGAUUAAUCCGUAAAUGAAGUUGUUGGAAUAUUUGGGAGAUUUUUGAUCUUUCGUUUUGCUUGGAUUAUCACCACUGGAAGACAUUUAAGGAUUCAAGUUGACCCCGGAGGAUACAGCACAUCUGGGGGAAAAUGGGUAAUAUAGAAAGCGUGGAUGGCCAGUCGGAGAUGAAGCAUCACAUCAUGCCUCUGAAGGUUCCCAUGCCUGAACCCACCGAGCUGGAGGAGAAAUUUGCCAUUGUUUUGAAUUCUAUGAAUCUGCCUCCCGACAAAGCUCGGCUCCUCAGGCAGUAUGACAAUGAGAAGAAGUGGGACCUGAUCUGCGACCAGGAGAGGUUUCAGGUGAAGAAUCCGCCUCACACCUACAUCCAGAAGCUACGAGGAUACUUAGACCCCGGAGUCACUCGAAAGAAGUUUCGCAGACGGGUGCAGGAAUCUACAAAAGUCUUGAGGGAGCUGGAGAUCUCACUGAGGACAAACCACAUUGGGUGGGUCAGGGAGUUCCUCAAUGAUGAGAACAGAGGUCUUGACGUCCUGGUGGAGUACCUCUCCUUUGCCCAGUGUGCUGUCAUGUUGGAUUUUGAGGGGCUGGAGAAUGGGGAGGAUGGCUUCUUGGAUAAAGCUAAAUCUUGGAGCAGGUCCAUAGAGGAUCUGCACCAUUCCAGCACCCAACCCUUCUGCAACACACUGGUGCGCUCUGCCCGCCAGUCUGUCCUCCGCUAUGGCACGGUUUCCAACACCAAAACCAUCAAGAACUCCCGCCUUGUGAGCCAAAAAGAUGAUGUGCAUGUGUGCAUCAUGUGCUUGAGAGCUAUCAUGAAUUAUCAGUAUGGCUUCAAUAUGGUCAUGUCUCACGCACACGCAGUCAAUGAAAUUGCUCUCAGCUUGAACAAUAAGAACUCACGGACGAAAGCUUUGGUCCUUGAGCUGCUGGCUGCCGUCUGUCUCGUCCGAGGAGGUCACGAGAUCAUCCUUUCAGCAUUUGACAACUUCAAAGAGGUGUGUAAGGAGAAGCAUCGCUUUGAGAGACUGAUGGAUUACUUCCGCUGUGAGGAGGGAAACAUCGACUACAUGGUUGCCUGCAUGCAGUUCAUCAACAUUGUGGUGCACUCGGUGGAGGACAUGAACUUCAGAGUCCAUCUGCAGUAUGAAUUCACCAAGCUUGGACUGGAUGAUUACCUGGAGAAAUGUAAACAUACAGAGAGUGACAAGCUGUCGGUGCAGAUCCAGGCCUACCUGGAUAACGUGUUUGACGUGGGUGGUCUGCUGGAAGAUGCGGAGACGAAGAAUGCUGCUCUGGAGAAGGUGGAUGAACUGGAGGAGCACCUGUCCCAUGUGACGGAGAAGCUGCUGGAGGUUGAGAAUGAAACGAUGAUGAAAGUAGCUGAUCUGGAGAAGGUGCUCCUUCAGAAAGAUAAGGACCUGCAUGCAAUAAGGGAGACGUACGAGUCGACCAACACCCAGGUCACCACACUGAGGAGGGUAAUCAAGGAGAAGGAUGCCGCCUUCCAGAGACACUUCAACCUGGAGAGGAGGCUGCUGGAGCUCGAACAACAAGGCACCAUCCGUUUGCACAAGAAGGCUGAUGGAGAUAUUGCCAUCGAGCCGCUGGGUGUCGGGGGUGGUGUUGGGAGUAGUGGCCUUGGGAUACCACAGGGAGACAUUAGGCAGCUCUCUUUGGGUUCAACAGCUGGAUUCACUGAACCAGGAGGACCAGACACCAGUUUACCACCAGCCAGUGAAGCCCCUCCUCCUCCUCCUCCUCCUCCACCACCUCCUCCUCCUCUUCCCUCAGCCUUAGGCCACUGUGUCCCACCACCGCCACCUCCUCUCGCUCCGCCUCUGCCGGGCACUUCUCCAUCAGUUAUCCUGAGCGUGGGUCUCUCAGCUAUCCGAAUCAAGAAGCCCAUCAAGACCAAGUUCCGCCUGCCGGUGUUUAACUGGACGGCCUUGAAGCCCAAUCAGAUCAACGGCACAGUCUUCAACGAGAUUGAUGAUGAACGUGUGCUAGAGGAGCUGGAUCUGGAAAAGUUUGAGGAGCUGUUUAAGACCAGAGCCCAGGGUCCCAUUGUGGAUAUUUGCUGCACAAAGAGCAAAGUAGCCCAGAAGGCGGUAAACAAAGUCACCCUUCUGGACUCCAAUCGCUCCAAGAACUUGGCCAUCACACUGCGAAAGGCUAACAAGAGCACAGAGGAGAUCUGCAAAGCAAUAGAGAAGUUUGAUCUCAAGGCCUUACCCGUCGACUUUGUGGAGUGUCUGAUGCGUUUCCUGCCCACGGAGUGUGAAGUGAAGGUGUUUCGUCAGUACGAGCGUGAGCGGCGUCCACUGGACCAGCUAGCGGAGGAAGAUCGGUUCAUGAUGUUCUUCAGCAAGAUUGAGAGGCUCACGCAGAGAAUGAACAUCAUCACCUUUGUUGGGAACUUUUCUGACAACAUCAACAUGCUCACACCCCAGCUCAAUGCAGUCAUUGCUGCUUCUGCCUCAGUGAAAUCUGCACCAAAGUUGAAAAAAGUGCUUGAGAUCAUCUUAGCCUUGGGGAACUACAUGAACAGCAGCAAGCGAGGCUGCGUUUAUGGCUUCAAAUUACAAAGUCUUGAUCUGCUGCUGGACACCAAGUCUACAGACAGGAAGAUGACGUUGCUCCACUUCAUAGCUCUCACUUUGAAAGAGAAGUACCCUGAACUGGCCAACUUCUACAACGAACUGCACUUUGUGGAUAAAGCUGCAGCAGUAUCUCUGGAAAAUGUGCUGCUGGAUGUUCGAGAGCUGGGGAAAGGCAUGGACCUGAUCAGGAGAGAGUGCACUCUCCAUGACCAUUCAGUCCUGAAAGGCUUCGUCCAUGCUAAUGACACACAGCUAGACAAGCUGCAGAAGGACGCCAAGACAGCAGAGGAAGCCUUCAACAAUGUGGUGAACUACUUUGGAGAGAGUGCCAAGACAACUCCGCCCUCUGUGUUCUUCCCCGUGUUUGUGCGCUUUAUCAGGGCCUACAAGGAUGCAGUGGAACAAAACGAACAACGGAAAAAGCAGGAGGAAGCAAUGAGAGAAAAGUUACUGGCUCAGGAGGCUAAACAGCAUGACCCCAAGGUCCAGGCCCAAAAGAAGAAACAGCAGCAGCACGAGCUGAUCACAGAGCUGCGCAAGCGGCAAGCCAAAGACCACCGGCCUGUGUACGAGGGCAAAGAUGGCACUAUCGAGGACAUCAUCACAGCUGAAAAGAAGAUUAAUGACAGUAUUUCCCACUCCUAAGAGAGGGUAAGGAAGGUAGCCUGGCUGAAACCUGGCCUGCUUGGCCCUCCAGCUGCUGUGUGCUGCUACAGUGAUGUCAGCUGCUUCAGCUAGUGCUUUGGAGGCAAACAAAAAAAAGGCUUCGCAGCACAGAGAUUAUGCUUUACAACACAAUAGUUAGAAAACAAGAUUAAUUAAGAAGCGACUUACAGAAAUACAGUAUCACUUGCCUCAACCGCUAGCAAUGAAAACAUGAAUUCACUUAUUUAAUUUUCCACCAAGUCUUUGCAUCAGAGACGAAGUCUUUGUGGUAUUUUAAGAACAUCAUUGUUCAGUUUAAAUGCAUAGCUAUACCAUUGAGAUCAUCAUCAUCCUCCUCCUCCUCACCCCCUCCAAUUAUGUGUUGCAUGUUGUCCAAUGUUCAUUUACUCUCACCUGUCGACCACGCCCGCCAUGUUUUGUCUUUGCUAACUGUCGUUCGCGGUGUGCUGAACAGCUGUUUGGUCAACAGGCUCUAGAAAAAAACUGUCAGUCAGAUAUAAAUUACAUUUUUUUUACAGAGCUGAGAGGUUUUCUGUUACUUUUGUCACAACCAGCUUGACUGUACACAGCAAUUUUGUAGAGCUUGUUAACCAUUAUACUGUAACUGUAAUAAUUAUGGCUAUUACCAAAACCUUGACUUUCACUGUUUUGUGUAUCACUACUACCAGUUGAAAUUCAAGGUUAUGGCAAUGUGUCAGUCAGUGUUCAGUCUGUAUUGUUUAUGCCCCUAUUUGCCAUUUUGAUAUUUCUUAUAUACAGUAAACAAAGUAACUGCAGAAGUUAUUGCAGAUAUUUUAUGAUUAUUUGACUGACAUGUAGACAUGUAAACUCUAUUGCCGGUUUAUAAGGUACACCUAGCUAAAGCUAAUGCAGCCGUCCUACAAUUAUUCCUAUCUUCAUGAUGGUUAUAAUUUUCAGUUUUUGUUGAUUCAACUUUAUGAUAAUUUUGUAUGAUGUUUGUGGUGCUGUAUUGCAUUAUACAGAAAGGUGUAUUCUCUGACUUUUGUAUGACAUAUUAUAUUUAGACUUUUUUUAUGACAUAUCCUCUUGACUGUAACAAGACUUUUCUAUACAUACAUAUUAUACUUUUACUAUGACGUAAUAUACUCUGACUUUUUUAUGUCAUACUGUACUGAGACUUUGUAAGACAUUCUUUUAUAAAAUACUAUACUAUGACUUUUUAUGACGCUUUCAUGACAUGUGCUUUAACUUUUUCAAGGCACACUAUACCAUGACUUUUUUAUGACAUAUUAUCUUUGAAUUUUUAUGACACUCUCUCCUAUGACUGUUAUGUUUAUUCCAUACUAUACUAUGACUUUUUAUGAAUUCAUAUGACAUACUAUACUUUGACUUCUUAAUUACUUUUUCCCUGGCAUACAAAGUUAUGACUUUUUGUGAUAUAUUUCAUGACUCACUAUAUUAUGACUUUCUUUAAAACAUCAAGUAAAUUCUUAUAGCUCCACCAUCUGGCCAAAGUGCACCACAUUCGACACGCCACAUCCUUUGGUCCCCAGCAAUACACCUGCCUAGUAUGAAGGAUACAAGAUUCUUAAAAUAUGCUAAGGACAUACCCACAGACCGAGAUAGAAUCCUUGCUUUAUAGUUUCAUUGGGUGAAUGUGGUGAUUAGAUAAUUAGGUGUACCUGAUAAACCGGUAAUUGAGUGAAUGUCUUCUACCUAUAUGGCUUAACACACUCUUAGCACUGUCUAAGAAAAAAUAAGUUAAAGUUAAGUCAAGUAGUAGCAAGUUUGCUUAUUGACCUCUGGGUCCUCUAACAUGUGUGUCCCCCAUCCCCGUCUCUGACCCCUCUCUCCAUACCUACUCACAGAUCUCCGAAACCAGCCUUUCCUGCGAGCUGAUGCGUUGAUCCGGAGCGGUUGGAAAAGACCCUAAACCACUUAUUGGUCACUUAUACUCCCCUCCCCACUAUAACCUCCCUCCCUGUGUCUCGAUGGUCUAUCUCAACCCUGAGGCUGCAGAUCACAAAGACUGAAAGGAGGGACAGGACAGAGCCCUUGUUAUAGCUGGGUAAUUUAUUUAUUUAUGGAGGACCUUUACAGCCACUUUAAGUGAGCAGGCAUCAUUACAGAAGCACAAUGGGUUACUCCUGUCUCACUGCAAACACAAGACUUUCCCUGCCCCGUUUCCACGGAGAACCAGGAGGAUAACUACAAAACAGGUGAGGUGAGUUGAGGACCGGCGGGACCACAGAGCAGGAGGAACUUUGCUUUCACAAACAAAGCGGCUGCCAACAUGUGGACCUUAUUCCCAAAACCGUUAAUUUCCUCAGAUUAUGCAGUCGUAGCAGGACUUAGACUGGAAGUCAGCCAGGGGAAGAUGCCAUCUCUGCUGCUGGGAUGAUUGCCAUGAAGAGACAAAACCUUCCUCCACAUAACAGAGAAGCUUCAAUAUUAUGAGACAUUUGGGGACUGUUUCCAAACUUUAAGCAAAGUCAACACAUUCAAUCAAGACUAAAUAUUGACUAAUUACAUUUACACAUCAGUUUUUCGGUAGGAAAAAAACCGAUUCCGCUGGUUCUUUUGGACAAGCUAGCCAAACCAAAAUGUCUCCAAUGCCUCAUGUUUUGCUUAAGAAGUGCCUUUUUUGUAUAAACAGUGUUAUUUCUCUUGAAGCAGCCAUAAUUUGUUCAUUCUACAGCUUUCAUUUGUUUUUGUUUUUAAAGAUUGUAUUUUGUAAUGCCUUGUUCUAUAACAGUAGUCUUAUAAUACUGACAAUAUCCAGAAGUUUAAAUUUCCAGCUUUAAAGUCACACAACUAGACGGUAAGGGGAAUAAUGAUUUUACGAUUACUCUUAUUUACCUCUGGUGCAUCAGUGUCUAAGCUCAUAAUGAUUUAUAUUUCUUUGUGCCUUGUCCAAGAAGUUCUUAAAAACGGAAUGUUAUAUGCCUCGACAACACUUUGUCACACCUUAAGGGACAUUAGGGAAGAGACAAAUGUAUGAAGAAGACUCCACAUGGACUGCUGAUUAGGGGCCAGAUGACGUUAACCUGCUAUAGAUGUGGUUAUGGAUGAAGGAUGUACCCAUUUCUAUGAGGUCUUAUGUUUUAAAAUUUCAUUUAAUCUCCAUUUUUAGAGAUGAAUCUAUUUCUCCGAACAGCUGUUGAAACUUGCAUAACAUUGGCAUAAAGGGAGCGAUACAUCUUUACACUACUUCAUUUGGCUCAACAUCGUAUGAGACACUAUUCUUUAAGUAUUCAUUUAUGUACAUUCAAAUCAAGAAACUUACUUUUUCGAAGAAAUUAUCCAUGAUAUUGUCUAUUGAUUGAAAGAUGACACUUCUUGUUUAAUAAAUAAGAUGAAUAAUGUAACUGCAA